GUCAGACAAUAACAACGAGGUUGCCAGUUGAGAGCCUGGAGUUUGUACAGUAAGUCAAUUGCCAGUGCUGAAAGAAUGUUUUAGGUGGGUCAAACCUUUUUAAUUCUCAAGUGGUCAACGGGCAGCGUGUUGAAGUUGGUUCUUGGUUUUGGAUGCCUGGGUUUAUUGACAAGAAUGAAUACUGUAUUUUUCUUUUUUCAUCUAGUCAUUCUAGCAGGUGCUGCCUGGGCCUCCUCUGAUGAGACAAAGCUGGUCAAAACUCUCUUCACUGGUUACAAUAAGGUUGUCCGUCCGGUUAAUCACUUCAAGGACCCGGUGGUUGUUACCGUAGGCCUUCAGCUCAUCCAGCUCAUCAGUGUGGAUGAGGUCAACCAGAUCGUCAGCAGCAACGUGAGACUGAAACAGCAAUGGAAAGAUGUAAACUUGCAGUGGAACCCAGAGGAUUACGGUGGCAUCAAAAAGAUCAGAGUUCCCUCCACUGACAUUUGGCGGCCUGAUCUGGUUCUCUACAACAAUGCUGAUGGCGACUUUGCCAUCGUUCAUGAAACCAAAGUGCUGCUGGAGCACACUGGGAUGAUCACAUGGAACCCACCUGCAAUCUUCAAGAGCUACUGUGAAAUCAUUGUGCUGCAUUUCCCCUUUGACCUUCAGAACUGCAGUAUGAAGCUGGGUACCUGGACCUAUGAUGGAAACCUGGUUGUCGUCAAUCCAGACAGUGACCAUCCUGACCUGAGUAACUUCAUGGAAAGUGGAGAGUGGGUGAUGAAGGAGUCCCGUGGCUGGAAGCACUGGGUGUACUAUGCCUGCUGCCCAGACACCCCUUACCUGGACAUCACCUACCACUUCCUCAUGCUGCGGCUCCCACUGUACUUCAUCGUCAACGUCAUCAUCCCCUGCAUGCUCUUCUCCUUCCUGACUGGCCUUGUCUUCUAUCUUCCCACAGAUUCUGGUGAGAAGAUGACUCUCAGCAUCUCCGUCUUGCUGUCUCUGACUGUGUUCCUGCUGGUCAUCGUGGAGCUGAUCCCCUCUACCUCCAGCGCAGUGCCGCUUAUUGGGAAGUACAUGCUCUUCACCAUGGUCUUUGUCAUCGCCUCCAUCAUCAUCACCGUCAUCGUCAUCAACACCCACCACCGCUCCCCAAGCACUCACACAAUGCCAGACUGGGUCCGCAAGGUUUUUAUCGAGACCAUUCCCAACAUCAUGUUCUUUUCAACAAUGAAGCGCCCUGGCAAAGAAAAGCAGUCUAAAAGCAUCUAUGGUGCUGAUUUUGACAUCUCAGACAUUUCUGGUAACCAGACCUCCGCUGUCCCCUACCAGUCACCCAUCACCAAGAAUCCUGAUGUCCGCAGUGCCAUUGAAGGAGUCAAAUACAUUGCAGAAACCAUGAAAUCAGAUGAGGAAUCCAACAAUGCUGCUGAGGAGUGGAAGUUUGUUGCCAUGGUGUUGGACCAUAUUCUGUUGUGUGUCUUCAUGGCUGUGUGUCUCAUCGGUACUUUAGGCGUGUUCGCAGGCCGUCUCAUUGAGCUGAGCAUGCUCUAAAGGCCUGUGCCUUGUGUUUUACCUGUUGAACCUCUCAGAUGUGAAUGUAAUACCUUUGUUUUUGAAGCUACGCUAUGUUGUCCUGCAGCAUUCACAGUCUACACUAAGGCGUGUGGAAAUCUCUAUUUGUUUGCUUUUUGGUGUUUGAAGAGUGCGUCAUUUUUUAAAAUGUACAAGAACAUGUUGUAUGCAGAAUAUUUCAGCAUAUUUUAUGACAGAGCAAUGUUGUUUUUUAAGCAAUAUAUGUGUGCAAUGUGUUAAAUGUUGAAUUAGUUCAAAGGACAUGUAAGUUUUUGGAAUAUUGUGCAGUUUUCCUGGACAUGUUUAUAGGGAACAACUUAAUAAAAAGGUUUUGUCCAUUUUCAGGGUAA